UAGAAUCCACAACAACCAGUGAGAUUAGGAGUUGAACCUUUCUUCAAAUUUGAGCCAAUUGCAAGGGAAAAUGGGAGGUUCCCAAGUGCUGUUGUGCAUCCAACGUGGGACUAUGGAACGAAGACUGAAAAGAAUUAAGUAAAAAAAAUAAAAAAAGAACUCAUGUUGGAUAGGGUCUGAAGUUGGGACUGAACCAGGCUCCGAACGCCGAGGUUUUCUGACCAUAGACUGCAUCUGAUAAACUUUUACUAAGAACUACACUAACCCGUCGAGUGUGCGGCGAAAUUGGGAUCAAAUCGGCACAAAGUGUAUACUUUUUGGGGUGUUUUGUAGCGCCAUAAACGAGACGUCAUCGAUAACUCGUUUUCGGCACCGAUCUCACCUCUUUCGAGUGCUUCAUUUGCGUACCAGAGUAACGCCGUCAAAGUUUUAGCCAACAUUCCAAGCGUGCGAUGAAGAGAAGAUACAUUAAAGAGUUUGUUCCGAGUGCCACUGCCGAUGCAAUCCGCAUAGGCUAGUAUUUGGAAAAUGUGUGUCACAUGUAUAUUUGACAUGAACGCAAUCUUAAAUUAAGAGCCCCUGUUGAUGUUUGCCAUGUUUUUUUCUCUGGCAUUUUUAGGCUAUUGAUGUUUCCCCAAAACUAAUCGCUUUACCAAGAAAGGAUCCUAAUUUCAACCUUUUAUGGACAAGUUCAAUUUACUUGUAUGUUAUUUAAUUAUGUCUGCUUGACAAGUUUAUUGUAGCCUUCUUGCUUCGUAAACCGUGAUUCACCUUUGAUUUCAGCACACAUUGGACAAAAGUUGGACUGGGAACUUGCGUCUAAACGACUCGGUUAUUUGGAAGAGUAGACCAGUUGUACACGCCACAGGUGUUAGUUUUUUCUACAUUUUACCACAACGCAAUUUGUGAUAUAAUAGACCGCACUAUCUCUAAAACGGUACCAGAUUUCCAAUUUGUGGAUACGACGAGAUCAGUGGCCAGCGCGCGAUUAAACUUGAUACAAAAUGGCGGCGUCCCUGGGACGAAUUGGAUCGGUUUCUCACUAUGGUUUUUAUUUAGUUUUAUCGCUGGAACUGUUAAUCAAUUACGGCUUGAGUUCCGAUUUACCAUGUGCUCAGAACUGUACCUGCACUGGAGAUUCUGUGGACUGUAGUCAUUUGGAUUUGACAGAUACACCGCUGGACCUGCCCAUUCAGACAGUUGCCCUAAAUCUUGGCCACAACAAGUUGACAGCCAUUGAUGUCGGAGUCUUCUCAAACCUCCCAAACCUACGAGAGCUGCGCCUGGACCAUAAUGAGCUGACGUCCAUCCCCGAUCUAGGUCCGGCUGCGUCUCAGAUCACUUCCCUCUACCUACACCACAAUAAGAUCCGCACCAUCGAUGGGAGGCGGAUGAGAGACCUGAUCUCCGUGGAGACCCUGGACCUGAGCAACAAUGACAUCACUGAAGUCAGAGUUCAAGGUUUCCCCGCAGGUCUCCAGAUCAAAGACCUGUACCUGAGCAACAACAAGAUACAGUUCCUGGAGGCCGGUGCUCUGGACCAGCUCUCCUCCACCCUGCAGGUUCUGAGACUGAGCCGGAACCGCAUCUCUCAGGUCCCUGUCAAAGGCUUCCAGCUGCCCAAGCUCACCCAACUUGAGCUGAACAGGAACCGCGUGAGGCAGGUGGAGGGCCUGACCUUCCAGGGCCUGGCCAGUCUGGAGGUCCUCAAGCUGCAGAGGAACAACAUCAGCAAGCUCACAGACGGAGCCUUCUGGGGCCUGGCCAAGAUGAAAGUGCUUCACCUGGACUACAACAGCCUGAGGGAAGUGAACAGUGGCUCCCUGUACGGCCUGUCCUCUUUGCUGCAGCUCUUCCUCAGCAACAAUUCCAUCUCCCACAUCAACCCAGAUGGCUGGAGGUUCUGCCAAAGGCUACGGGAACUGAAUCUGUCCUACAACAACUUGAGUCGUCUGGAUGAGGGCAGCCUGGCGGUGCUGGGGGAUCUCCACACCCUCCGUCUGGGGCACAACGCCAUCAGCCACAUCACCGAGGGGGCCUUCAGAGGCCUCAAGGCCCUGCGCCUCCUGGAGCUGGACCAUAAUGACAUCUCAGGCACAAUAGAGGACACCAAUGGGGCCUUCUCUGGACUGGACAGCCUCAACAAGCUAACUCUGUUUGGAAACAAGAUCAAGUCAGUGGCCAAGAAAGCCUUCUCAGGACUGGAGGCCCUGGAGCACCUGAACCUGGGAGAGAACGCCAUACGCUCCAUCCAGCCAGAGGCCUUCAGCAAGAUGAGGAGCCUCAGGAACCUGCUCAUCCAGAGUGACAGUUUCCUGUGUGACUGUCAGCUCAACUGGUUCCCUGAGUGGCUGAUGACCCGGGGGCUACAGACUGGCGUAGAGGCUACCUGUGUCCACCCCGAAAUCCUGAAGGGUACUAGUGUCUUCCAGGCUCCACCAGAGAGAUUUGUCUGUGAUGACCUGCCUAAGCCCCAGAUCACGUUGCAGCCAGAGACCACAGUGACGGUUCUGGGUAGUGACGUGCGCCUCACGUGCACGGCAGCCAGCAGCAGCAGCUCACCUAUGACCUUCGCCUGGCGCAAAGACCAGGAGCUGCUCCGUCAUGCUGAGGUGGAGAACUUUGCCCACCUGCGCGCUAACCACGGGGCGGUGCACGAGGCCGGGGGGGUGAUGGAGUACACCACCAUUUUGCACCUGCGUCAUGUGACCUUCGCCCACGAGGGCCGAUACCAGUGCAUCAUCACCAACCACUUUGGCUCCUCCUACUCCACCAAGGCCCGCCUUACUGUCAACGUCAUGCCUACGUUUGUGAAGACCCCUCGAGACAACACCAUCCGUACGGGCACCACUGCCAAGCUGGAGUGUGCGGCCGAGGGCCACCCCACCCCUGAGAUCGCCUGGCAAAAGGACGGAGGCACGGACUUCCCGGCGGCACGCGAGCGGCGGAUGCACGUGAUGCCUGACGAUGACGUGUUCUUCAUCACGGACGUCAAGCUGGAGGACAUGGGCGUGUACAGCUGCACCGCCAAGAACACAGCGGGCACCGUGUCUGCCAACGCCUCUCAUCACUUUGACCUUUCCCUCCCGUCUACAGAGACGCCCCACCUGGCCCAAGAGCUGGAGGACCAUAGUGUGGUGGUGGGGGAGACUGUAGCCCUGCAGUGUAAGGCCCUGGGCAGCCCCCCACCCAAAAUCACCUGGCUGAGGAACGACGAGCCCCUCCGCUCCUCCGACCGACACCACUUCACCCCCGGCAACCAGCUGUUGGUGAUCGGCAGCACCGCCCUAGAGGAUGCUGGCAGGUACACGUGCGUAAUGUCUAACACGCUGGGCACAGAGCGCGGCCACAGCCAGCUGAGUGUCCGCCAGACCGGCUGCGUCGCCCCGUCCGGCCCCAGCACCGUCACUAUGGGCAUCAUCGUCAUCGCUGUGGUGACCAGCAUCGUGGUGACCUCGCUGGUGUGGGUGUGCAUCAUCUCAACGCGCAAGAAGAGCGACGAGUGCAGCGUAACCAACACCGAUGAGACAAUCGUGCCCCCGGACGUCCCCAGCUACCUGUCCUCCCAGGGGACCCUCUCGGAGCGCCAGGACGUGUGUAUCCGCGUGGAGGCUAGCAUCGGACCUCCGCUCAACGGACACAUAGACAACACAGGUUACAAUGGGGCUGUAGUGUGUACAGAGUGUAUGGAGAACGGAAACAGCUACUCCAAGACAGACUUCGACUAUCUCACCCAGGGGCUGGGACCUGUAGGCCUGGAGUACCAACAACACCCCCACCACAUGGACUACAGUGUACCUGUACCCCUAGGGGUGGAUACGGGACCCCUCGCCAACGGGACCCCCAACGGAGUCAGAAGGGAUUCCUCGCCACCUGAAUUUACAUCACAGAGAAACCACCACAACAGAAAAGGUUCCUCAGUGAACAGGACGGGACACACAACUCUAGUGUGCUCCCCAUCCCAGGAGGAGGCCUUCCACAAGCCGGUGAAACUCGCCCCCGUAAGACGCCAAGACACACUGGACACGGAUCGUGAGCCAGAGCUCAGACAGACUCUACUGUCCAACGGACACACUCCCAGAGCCUCCCAGAGUGACAGCACCCCCCUCAGGAGCGCCAGCGACUAGCAGGCCCUCCCCACCCUGACACUAAUAGACUCACUAGCCCUGAGUGGACUUGUUCUUUGCACUGGGAACUGCUACCUCAAACAGAGAGGCCAAGAUCUGAUCCCCUCCCCUGUUUGGCCUAACAGGGUGGGAGCUGGGAGGGGGGUGGCAUCCAGAGGUUUGAAGGCAGAGCUUGUGUGGGUGGCGUCCCAUUUGAGCGUAUCAGCUGUACAUACUUAAAACCUUCCCCUGGGAGGUGUCAACCAAUCCUAGCUCCAAAUGUGACUUGCAUUUGAAGCAUGCAAAUGUAGGGAAUGUUUUACAGUAAUGUGUGAAAGAGAGCGAAAGAGAUAUAUACCAUUGGACAAUUAACUGUACAUAAGAGUUUUCAUAUAUAUUAUAUAACUUUUACAAAGAGUAUUUGAAUUUAUUCUGUGCAUGACAAAGAACGGAGUGAUGGUAUUUUUUUUUUCUUUUAAAAGCCUCUACUUACCAGCUUCAACUGCGGUGCCUUAUUGCAUGAUCAAAGAAACCACAAACGGGACUUGUAGUAUAGCAGAGAUUUGUGAGAGCUAUCGUACACUCUUUGUCAUACCAUGGAACACUUUAUUGCACUUGAAUGUUGUUUGACAAACGCAAAUGCUGCCAUCAUGGCCUUAAACCAUAACUCAUAUUUACUGGUAUUUUAUGAAGGAAGCUUUAAUUUGUAUUUAUUUUGGUACGUGAUAUGGUAACACCUAUGACAAGGAAGUGUUUGGGAUAUUAAUCUAGGUUUUUGAUGUUUAAGCACUUUUGUACUCAUCAUAAAUGACCUCUGGAAACAGACUCGGUACAUGUAACCCAAUAGGAACGUAAGAAAUCCUAGUCAGGAAAUGCGACUCAUUUCUGACAUAGCCAUGGAAUGUCAAGUCUCUUCCACCUGUCAUGGUACUAACUACAGUGCCUUCAGAAAGUAUUCAUACCCCUUGACUUAUUCCACGUUUUGUUUUUAUAACAGCCUGAAUUCAAACUGGAUUUUCACCCAUCUACACACAAUUACCCCAUGACAAAGUGAAAACAUGUUUUUAGAAAUGUUUGCAGAUUUAUGGAAAAUUACUUUCAAACUGUAACUCGGCCACUCAGGAACAUUGACUGUCUUCUUGGUAAACAACUCCAAUGUAAAUUUGGCCUUUUGUUUUAAGUUAUUAUCCUGCUGAAUGGUAAAUUCAUCUCCCAGUGUUUGGUGGAAAUCAGACAGAACCAGGUUUUCCUCUCAAAUUUUGCCUGCUCCUAGCUCCAUUCCAUUUUUUUUUAUCCUGAAAAACUCCCCAGUCCUUAACAAUUAAAAGCAUACCCAUAACAUGAUGCAGCCACCACUAUGCUUGAAAAUAUGGAGAGUGGUGCUCAGUAAUGUGUUGUAUUGGAUUUGCCCCAAACAUAACACUUUGUAUUCAGGAUAAAAAAGUGAAUUGGUUUGCCACAUUCCUUGCAGUAUUACUGAAAACAGGAUGCAUGUUUUGGAAUAUUAAAUAUUCUUUACAGGGUUCCUUUUCACUCUGUCAGUUAGGUUAGUAUUGUGGAGUAAGUACAAUGUUGUUGAUCCAUCCUCAGUUUUCUCCCAUCACAGCCAUUAAACUCUGUUUUAAAGUCGCCAUUGUCCUCCUGGUGAAAUCCCAGAGGGGUUUCCUUCCUCUCCAUCAACUGAGUUAGGAACGAUGCCUGAUACGCCAUCCCACGUGUAAUUAAUAACUUAACCGUAGGAUAUUUUUUACCAAUCUACAAAUGGGUGCCCUUCUUUAUGAGGCAUUGGAAAACUUCCCUGGUCUUUGUGGUUCAAUCUGUUUGAAAUUCACUGCUUGACUGAGGAACCUUAAAGAUAAUUGUAUGUGUGGAUGAGAUGAGGUAUGUCAUUCAAAAAGCAUGUUAAACACACGAGUCUAUGCAACUUAUGUGACUUGUUAAAAAAAUGUUUACUCCUGAACUUAUUUAGGCUUGACAAAACAAAGGGGUUGUAUACUUAUUGACUCAAGACAUUUCAAGUUUUUAUUUUUAUGAAGUUGUAAAAAUGUCUAAAAGCAUAUCUCCACUUUGACAUUAUGGGAUAUUGUGUGUAGAUUAGUGACAAAACAUCAACAUUUAAUCCAUUUUAAAUUCAGGCUGUAACUCAACCAAAUGUGAAAAAAGUAAAAGGCUGUGAAUACUUUCUGAAAGCACUGUACCAACCAGGGCUUAGAACCACAUUUUUGUUCCCUUUGUUUUGUUCUGUACAGAACCUUUUUUUCUUAUUUUGUUUUUACAACAAGAAAUGUAGUUCUGAAGCUGUUUGAACCUCCAAAAAUACUGAUUUACAGUGCCCCCUUGAACUUUGCAACCUUUUGCCACAUUUCAGGCUUCAAACAUAAAGAUAUAAAACUGUAUUUUUUUGUGAAGAAUCAACAACAAGUGGGACACAAUCAUGAAGUGGAACGACAUUUAUUGGAUAUUUCAAACUUUUUUAACAAAUCAAAAACUGAAAAAUUGGGCGUGCAAAAUUAUUCAGCCCCUUUACUUUCAGUGCAGCAAACUCUCUCCAGAAGUUCAGUGAGGAUCUCUGAAUGAUCCAAUGUUGACCUAAAUGACUAAUGAUGAUAAAUACAAUCCACCUGUGUGUAAUCAAGUCUCUGUAUAAAUGCACCUGCACUGUGAUAGUCUCAGAGGUCCGUUAAAAGCGCAGAGAGCAUCAUGAAGAACAAGGAACACACCAGGCAGGUCCGAGAUACUGUUGUGAAGAAGUUUAAAGCCGGAUUUGGAUACAAAAAGAUUUCCCAAGCUUUAAACAUCCCAAGGAGCACUGUGCAAGCGAUAAUAUUGAAAUGGAAGGAGUAUCAGACCACUGCAAAUCUACCAAGACCUGGCCGUCCCUCUAAACUUUCAGCUCAUACAAGGAGAAGACUGAUCAGAGAUGCAGCCAAGAGGCCCAUGAUCACUCUGGAUGAACUGCAGAGAUCUACAGCUGAGGUGGGAGACUCUGUCCAUAGGACAACAAUCAGUCGUAUAUUGCACAAAUCUGGCCUUUAUGGAAGAGUGGCAAGAAGAAAGCCAUUUCUUAAAGAUAUCCAUAAAAAGUGUCGUUUAAAAUUUGCCACAAGCCACCUGGGAGACACACCAAACAUGUGGAAGAAGGUGCUCUGGUCAGUUGAAACCAAAAUUGAACUUUUUGGCAACAAUGCAAAAUGUUAUGUUUGGCGUAAAAGCAACACAGCUCAUCACCCUGAACACACCAUCCCCACUGUCAAACAUGGUGGUGGCAGCAUCAUGGUUUGGGCCUGCUUUUCUUCAGCAGGGACAGGGAAGAUGGUUAAAAUUGAUGGGAAGAUGGAUGGAGCCAAAUACAGGACCAUUCUGGAAGAAAACCUGAUGGAGUCUGCAAAAGACCUGAGACUGGGACGGAGAUUUGUCUUCCAACAAGACAAUGAUCCAAAACAUAAAACAAAAUCUACAAUGGAAUGGUUCAAAAAUAAACAUAUCCAGGUGUUAGAAUGGCCAAGUCAAAGUCCAGACCUGAAUCCAAUCGAGAAUCUGUCGAAAGAACUGAAAACUGCUGUUCACAAAUGCUCUCCAUCCAACCUCACUGAGCUCGAGCUGUUUUGCAAGGAGGAAUGGGAAAAAAUUUCAGUCUCUCGAUGUGCAAAACUGAGACAUACCCCAAGCGACUUACAGCAGUAAUCACAGCAAAAGGUGGCGCUACAAAGUAUUAACUUAAGGGGGCUGAAUAAUUUUGCACGCCCAAUUUUUCAGUUUUUGAUUUGUUAAAAAAGUUUGAAAUAUCCAAUAAAUGUCAUUCCACUUCAUGAUUGUGUCCCACUUGUUGUUGAUUCUUCACAAAAAAAUACAGUUUUAUAUCUUUGUUUGAAGCCUUAAAUGUGGCAAAAGGUCGCAAAGUUCAAGGGGGCCGAAUACUUUCGCAAGGCACUGUAUAUCGUUCCUUACUGUUCCCUUUUAAACAUGUGAUUUAUUCUUUUUUUUAUUUACGCCAACAUUAAAUUACUUCACCAAUUAGUGCGGAUAGAGCAGCUUGCUAUGGAGCGGGUAAGCUAUAUUUUAUUUUUAUUUUUUUUUUUACAUUCAUUGGACAGACGUUAAGGCGCGAGAUGCGAAUUUGUUUGUGUAGUGAGAGAGAGCAGAGGAGGCUUGGCUUGAAGCGCUGGGCAUCUUGUUUAUUACAUGCAGUUAUAUGAAUUAGGCCCACAAAUAUUCAACCUACGGAAGAGUGUCUUCUAUGGAGGAACUUUGAAUGUCUUUGAACUUCAGAGAGUUGGCUUAACGUUGGACCAGAGCUAGCUAGCUAACAAGCUGUGCCGAGCAGCACCAGAAUGAAUAUACAAACAUGUCUUUCCUAUUUGUAGUUAAUAAAUCCAAUCCAACGUGUUAACUAUAGUAUCCUUAACUAACAUUGAAAAAGUUAAUACAUUCUUCUCUAGGUAAAAAAUCUCUCCCUAAUUUCUGAAUCUUGCUUGUAAUUUCUGUAGGCUACAGUAGCCUAUUCUUCGGAGCGCCGCACACACUGGUAAAGAUUUCCAGUUGACAGGCAGACACUGGAAUAAGUUUCAGAGUGAGAAUGAGAGCUUUGCAUAGCUGCUUUGUUGCAUUUUUUUUGCCAGAACUACCGAUUCCCAUGCUUUUAUAAUAACGGUUCUGUUCAGGAACAGUGUAGAACACUUUUGUUCUGAUACUGUUCCUUGAAAAUGUUGUGUUCUGUUCCCUGAACUAGUUCCAACACCUGCUACCAACAAGCUGCUGCACUUCAGUUGCCUUUUGGUUUAGGGAAUAGAUCCUCCACGGUGCCUCAGCUCCAUUUGUUUUCAUUAUUCUUUAUUUUUUCAACUAAAGGUCCAGAUCCUUUGAAUACACAUUUGUUAUGAAUGUGGUUCAAUUCCUAGAAUCAUUUGGUAUCCCCCUUCCAUCCCAGUAUGUUAUCCUAUACCAUGAACCUGCCACGCUGUAAAAGGGAAUGUGGAAUUCUUACCAGGAGGGCAUUUUGAGACCGUUGUCAUACUGUUUGAUUGCUAUCAUGUCUCACUGUUGUGUGUGUGUGUGCACACAGGGAAUGGCCAGUAUUUAGCCUUUGUCAGAGCACCACACACAAUAAUACUGAUAAUAAUAAUCAUCAUCAUUAUGAUAAUGGUACAAAAACCUGUUUUUAUUAUUGACUGGUACAAACUGAACACCUCUAAAUUCUAUCAACAGCUGACUGUUGGGAAACUUGUGAAAUGUAUCCCUUCCAACCUUAGGAGAAAUGCCCCCCGUCUACAGGCCUGGGUAAACUGGGCUGACAAAACCAGAUACUGUGAAUGUCAGUUUAAACAGAAUUACAUUUUGUAAUGUAUGCAUAUGUUUAGCCAUUUUCUAGGCUAAUUGUUUGUAAGCACUUGUUUUGCUAUUUACUUUAUCAAAAAUGGGUCAAAUUGUUUGACUUAUGAGAAUAUUCUUCAGAGAGCAGGGAUUCUAGAUGGUCAGUCAUAAGUUGUCAGUAGAGUGUCGGCCCAUUAUGUCAACGCCUGAAUGGAUGCAGGGGUGAUGUGCAGUAAUUUAUUGAAAUAAACUGUCUGAAACCAUUGUACCAAUGUCAAAGCUUAAACAUUGAAGUGUCUAAUAAAAUCACAUUUUUGCUAUUAUAUAAA